GAACGGAACCAAAGAAACGCAGCGAGGAAGAGAAAGAGCUGGACGUCUGGGGCUGCUUCGCGUUCUUUCCGGUGGUUUCUAGAUUGCAGGAACCUCCUCCUGUCAGAGAGGGCUUUCGACUUCCUGUGGCAACUCUACUCUCUUCGUUGCCGCGAGCCGAGCGAAACGAAUGGGAGAUCUCUGGGGAACAGGGGCUGGGGUUUGCCCCAAUGAGAGAAGCUACCCCGGGACGCCCGAGCCUGGGCAAGUAGCGCUGACAGGAGAACAAGAAGAGCCUAAACAACAGGGAUCUGUGUUAUUUCUUGGUGGCAAUGAAAUAAAGAGCAGUGCUGUGGUAAAAUAUUCAUCUGCACCACCACAAGCAGCAUUUGCUCGUCUUCAGGAAAAGACUGAUCUAAAACUUCCACCUGCUAACUGGUUACGUGAAAGUGCAAAACUGGGACCAGCAGGGGCAACUAUUCUUGGCAACAGCAAGAAAAGCAAACCAUUUUCAAGCUUUGGCAUGGCAUAUGAUUUUAUCGACUCAGUUGGAAAUGAUGUGGAUGUUGUAUCAGAUUCUGAGAAUAUUAAAAAGCUUCUCAAGAUACCUUACAGCAAAUCGCAUGUCAGCAUGGCAGUACAUCGAAUUGGGAGAACGCUUCUUUUGGAUGAUUUAGAUAUUCAGGAACUCUUUAUGAGAUCAUCACAGACUGGAGACUGGACAUGGCUGAAAGAAUUCUAUCAGAGAUUAAUAGAUCAGAAGUGGCAACGAAAAAAGAAGAGCAAAGAACAUUGGUACCACAAAGCUAUACUUUCCAAAUUUUUAUAUUACAGCAUCAAUGGUGAUGAAGCUGCUCAACCUGUUCCUAGCUCCAAAGAGCAAAAUCAAGAAGAAACAACAGAAGAUGAAACUGAUGAACCUAGCAGGGUUUCUUGGCCAGCCCCUUUUGAAAUGCCUUCCUCUCUUUCUGAAGAUGCAGGUGCUUCUAAACAGGGAAAUGUGCCUCUUGAACCCUCAUAUGUAGUGGGGCAUGUGGCCUCAGCCCCCAAAGAACAAAACCUAACUACUUUGUUCAGUGACGGGGAAAGCAGUCAGGGUCUUAAAAAUGACUUUGUUCGGAACAUCUUGUGGACAUUUGAAGAUAUUCACAUGUUGGUAGGUUCAAAUAUGCCUAUAUUUGGAGGAGGAAGAUACCCUGCUGUCAGCUUGCGUCUCAGGGAUAACAAUAAGCCAAUUAAUGUGCUAACAGGCAUUGAUUAUUGGUUGGACAACUUGAUCUGCAAUGUUCCAGAGCUUGUUAUGUGUUUCCAUGUCAAUGGAAUUGUUCAGAAAUAUGAAAUGAUUAAGACAGAGGAUAUACCCAAUUUGGAGAAUUCCAAUUUCUCUACUAAAGUAAUAAAAGAUAUUGCUCAAAAUAUUUUAUCUUUUCUGAAAUCAAAUUGUACAAAAGAAGGACAUACAUACUGGCUAUUUAAAGCAAGUGGAAGUGAUAUAGUGAAGUUGUAUGAUCUCACCACUCUCUGUGAAGAAACAGAAGAUAAAUACCAAAACCCUUUCACUAUGCCAGUAGCAGUUCUUCUCUACAAAGUUGCAUGCAAUAUGAUGUUGAAAAAAACUCAAAACAGGAAACAUUAUGGUACUAUUAGAACUUUACUCCUUAACUGUGUAAAAUUAUUGGACAAGGGCAGGCAUCCUCAGAUUAUUGCUUCAGCAAAUUACAUGCUCUCAGAACUGUUCCAAUUAGAUGAGCCAAAAAAAGAAGAAAGCAGUGAAUUCCCUUUAAAUGGCAACUCUGACGAAAGUUAUAGUGAAGAAGAAGAAGAAAUGCCUGAUAGUGAUGAAAAUGGAUUGUAUAGCACCAGCUCAGAUCUUCCAGAUGACAACAAAGCAGUUGCUAUAAUCAAAUCUGUUGGAGAAUUGUCAGUACCUGAAAAAUACAAAUCCACUCAUCAAAUACGUCCUAGCUGUGCAUUUCCUGUUUGCCAUGACACUGAAGAACGAUGCAGACUAGUGCUCAGCUAUGUUCUUGAAGGCUUAAAAUCAGUUGACAGUAGCAUCAAGAAAGAAAGUGAUCUUCCUGCAGCAGACCCCAAUAUACCUAUCCCUUUAAAAUAUGAAGAUGAAUCAUCAACUGUUGGUCCUGAGUGUCUUGAAAAACAGAUGGCCUUGUUUUUAGGCAAGAUGGGGUCAUUUCAGGAAGUUAAACGUUCUAGUCAGUCAGGAAUGAUCCCUGGAUCCUGGCAAUAUAAAAUGAAACUUCAGCUGAUUUUAAAAUCUUCAAAGGCCUACUAUGUUCUUUCUGAUGCUGCUGUAGGUCUUCAGAAAUAUGGGAGAGCAUUACGGUACAUAAGAUUAGCUUUGCAGUGUCAUGAUGCAUAUUGCUGCCUCUUCAUGAACAUGCUUUCUGAAGUACUCCUGUUUCUUUGUCAGAGUUUAACUCUUUGCGGUGAUAUUCAAUUAAUGCUGGCCCAGAAUGCAAACAAUAGAGCUGCAUAUCUUGAAGAAUACAACUUUCAAACAAAAGAAGAUCAGGAAAUACUGCAUAGCCUUCAUCGAGAGUCCAGCUGUCAAGUAUUUUCUUGGGCUACGGACUUGUCUACAGAUUUGGAAUGCCAACUUUCAGUCAGCUGCAAAUGUUAUGAGGCAGCUCAUGAAAUUUUGCUUUUUAGUAAUUUAAAAGAGCAAAAUCCAGAGCAAUAUAUGCAAGUGGUGAAGAGAAUGGGCAAUAUUCAAAAUGAAAUUGGAGUAUUUUAUAUGAACCAAGCUGCUGCUUUACAAAGCGAAAGAGUAGGCAACAAAAUGGUAUCUGUGACAGAACAGCAACUUUGGAAGAAAAGUUUCUCUUUUUUUGAAAAAGGGAUUCAAAACUUUGAAUCUAUUGAUGAUUCAACCAAUGCUGCUCUUCUCUUGUGUAACAUGGGAAGAUUGAUGCGGAUUUGUGCACAUGCUCAUUGUGCUGUGGGUGGAGACUUCAAAAGAGAAUUUUCUCCUGAGGAGGCCCUUUAUUAUAAUAAGGCUGUUGAUUAUUAUCUGAAGGCCUUAAGAUCACUGAGCAAAAGAGAAGUCCAUCCAGCUGUCUGGGAUUCUGUCAACUGGGAACUGUCCACUACGUAUUUUACUAUGGCAACUCUGCUGCAAGAUUAUGCACCAUUAUCUAGGAAAGCUCAGGAACAGAUAGAAAAAGAAGUUAGCGAGUCAAUGAUGAAAUCUUUGAAAUACUGUGAUGUUGAGAUAGUGACAACAAGGCAACCUCUUUGCCAGUACCGAGCUGCCACAAUUCACCACAGGUUGGCUUCCAUGUAUCACAGCUGUUUGAGAAAUCAGGUUGGUGAUGAGCAUCAGCGUAAACAGCACAGGAUAUUGGUUGAUCUUCAUUACAGUAAAGCUGUGAAGUUUUUUCAGCUCUUGAAGGAUGCACCAUGUGAACUUCUCCGUGUGCAAUUGGAAAGAGUGGCAUUUGCUGAAUUUCAGAUGGCAAGUCAGAAUAGCAGCACUGGAAAACUAAAGACUUUGUCUGGGGCUUUGGAUAUAAUGAUUCAGAGUCGGUCUGUUUUUCAGUCUAUCAGGAAAGAGCUUGGUGCUGAAUGUGAGCAGAAAUGUGUUGAUGACUCAAACAAUGCUGAGAGAGUUCCUGCUGAAGAUCCAUCUACUAACCUUAAUAAGGAAGAAGUAUUAAAGCUCCUUGGUAUAUUUGAAUCUCGAUUGUCUUUUCUUCUUCUUCAGUUCAUCAAGUUGCUUUCAUCAACCAAAAAGAAGGUUGGUAAAGAUGAAGAAAAUCUUAAGGUGAAUAAGUAUGCUUACUCACUUCUCUUGCGAUCAGCAGCAAACAAAAAUCUAACUUUGCUGGAAAGAACAGAAGUUAUUUUAAACAUACUGGACCAGUUGACUCAGGACAGUGAAGGAAAUAAUCUGGGAAUUCAGUGAUCCACCUUAAUGCUGGCAUACUGCAUUGUGGUAAAUCAGUGCCUUGUUCAAAAUGGAAUGUGUGCUUCUGUCCAUUAUGGGCUGCUUGAUUUUAUUUAUAUUGUUGCAUAUUUAAGAUUGUACAGCUGGAAAAAUAAACCUUGAUCACUAUUCUUUGAA